CUCAAUGUGGGGGAAACACUCUCGUAAUAAACUGCAAACUGCGGUUUAAGAUGCAGUGAAUCGGACUGGACACCUUACAAUACAUGCCUAAUAGUCCAAAGGACGCCCCUCGACCCCUUCUGACCAACACCUACGGUCUUCCUGCGCCAUGGUCUCCCUCUUAAUUGGCGUUCUCUUGAUCCAACUAGUCUGCCACAUUGUGCAGACAGUCGGGGCCAAACCGAUCAAUGACCUGUUAUGGCAACUCUACUGUCGACUCCCAGUGGGGUCAUCACAGGCAAUUAAAGAACAGAACCGACUGCGGCGUGAAGUGGUACGGUUAAAACGCGAGAUGAAUGCCAUUUCGGCGCAGGAUGAGUUCUCGAAAUGGGCGAAACUGCGCAGGCAGCAUGAUAAGGCGUUGGAAGAGCAUGACAAGAAAGCCUCCUCCGUCUCCAGUUCUCGAUCAUCCUUUGACACCAAAGCAUCGGCCGUGCGAUGGACCUUGACCAAUGGUCUGAGACUGGGCAUUCAGUUCUGGCACGCAAAGACCCCGGUCUUUACCUGCCCUCGAGGCUGGUUUCCCUGGCCUGUCGAGUGGAUUCUUGGAUUCCCUCGAUGUCCCUAUGGAGGAGUCAGUAUCAAUGUCUGGAGCACAGCAUGCGCGACUGUGAUUGCUCUGACCUCGGAAUUCAUCUUCUACAUCAUACAGACGGUCUGGUCAACGGAUCCAGUUGCGGCAGACAAGCAAAAGGUCAAGAUACCGGCGGCGGGUGGUGAGAGUAAGAAGAGUAGUUAGUACAUGGGCAUGCGCGUGGGCGUGGGCGAUCUGCAGUACAAAUGGCAGAAGCAAGCAUGAAUGAUAGACACUUGUGUGAUUAUUAUGAUUAAAGUCUCCUGCUAUUCAUGUUGGAUGACGAAAGGUGCACGCCAUCAACAGACAGAGAUCUGGAUUUUUCUGCAUAGCAG